ACCUGCACAUACACAUUAGCAGCACACAGACACGGAGGAAUGAGAUGUGGAGUGUUGCUAUGAGAGGGGUGGAUUUACAUGAAGGACAGCGCAGCAGAGACAAGUGGAGUGGAGGAGGGGGAGUCUCACACACUGGGACAAGAACAUGACUUGAAGAUGAGCUGUCCUCAGACUGAGUUUGAGGAGAAGGAAAGUCCUCCUCCGGAGGAGUUAGAGUGUAAAAUCUGUUAUCAGCGUUACAAUGUCCACCACCGGAAGCCUAAAAUCCUGGACUGCCUUCACCGGGUCUGUGCCCGUUGUCUCGUUAAAAUCCUGGAUAUUGCUGACAGUGCAGGCUGCAUCUCCUGCCCCUUUUGCCGACACCAAACUGAGAUCACUGAGCAGGAGAUUUCAGCCCUGCCUGAUGAUGUUAACAUCAUGUCCCACUUGGUGAUGCGAGACAAAUCCUGGAAUUCCGACCAAAACAGGGAGGUGGUCUUGACUCCAAAGAGUUUCUCCUCCUCCAGUCCAUCUCGUGACUCAUCCAACUGCCUGGUAAUCACUAUAAUGGAGGUGCAGAGGGACUCACAACACUCUCCAAGCCAAAAUGGCAGCUCAGAUGUUUAUGCUGAGCAAAGCCUGGACUCAGUAUCUAUAGGCUCUAAUGGGCCAGCAGAUCAGGAUGCCUUGUCCAAGUUCUGUAAUCAUGUCCCACGCAUCCUGGUCUGGCUUCUGGGUUUCUUAUACUUUGGCUCACUUCCUCUUGGAAUCUACUUGCUGGUGAUUCAGAGAGUGACUCUGGGUAUUGUAUGCGUUAGCUUAGUACCAUCAAGCCUGACAGUUUGCCUGGUCUAUGGAUUCUGCCAGUGCCUUUGUCAAGGCAUGUGUGACUGCUCUUCCAGAGGGUGAUGGGAUCCUGAAAACCAGUUGUCCUAGGAUAGGAAAGAGUCAGCCUGUGGGAGUACAGGCCUCCAGGUAAAGAUGAUAUCCUCUCCUGCACAGGCAUAACAAGCUGAGCAGUCAGUCACCUUCAUGCAAACAAAAGGCCAGUGAGACAAAAUAAGUCAGUUUUCAGUGAUGUGCUGUGCUUUUGUUAGACGUACUUCUUCAACAGAGAUACCAGCUUGGUCAAGAGAAACAGAGCCAAUGGCAUGGUCUGUCAGCAGCCUAUACCGACUUUUCUGUGAUGCAUUUUUGUGACCUUUAUUUGUUAUGUGUUGUGUGUUGACCUAGUCUAACAUAGCAUUUGACAAGAAAACCUUUAAUUCUCGACUUGCAUAAAAACAACACUGACAGGAGUCCUGUGCCCUCAAUUAUCAACAUUGUUUAUGUACAAAAAUCCGGGAUGCAAACCUUUUUAAAUUAAAUUUGGGAUUGUGUGAACUGACAUGAAUGUGAAUACAGUUUUCAAAGCAUUAUAAUGGUUUACAAGAAAGGUCUGUUUAUUUACUCGUUUUUCAAACUCGUUUUAAUUACUGCAAUUGACAGCUGCCAACAACAAAAAGAAAAAUAAUUGGGUGUGAUUUAGGUUGGUGGUUAUCUAUGGUUUAUUAUGAACUAGGCUGCUGAUGAGCCUGCUGAUCGUGCAUGUUUGUUACAACAGUUUAAUAUCCUACUUGAAACACUGUUCCUCAAAGUGAGUGUGAAGGACAGGUCAUAAUGUGAGAACUGCAAACACAGUGACUUGACAUUUUGUAUGUUAUCCAUCUGGCUCGAUUUUUCAGCCUUCCUCACUUUCGAAAAAAACUGUCUGCAUGCAAAGCAUGUUUUUUUGCCAUGACAAAAUACAAAACACCAAUAAAAAACCUGUGACAUGGCCAUAAUUUAAUUGUUACACAAGUAGCACACAGGCAGAGGUGUGACGAGGUUCUUGCUGUUAGUGAAUAUGCAUUUCUGCACCUCUAGCUCUCACGUCAUUCGGGCUACUGUGCAAGGAAACAGUGCAUGUGAGGCAUAAACUAGGCUCAUACCUCAGGUUUUUUGAUACUUCCUGUCAAACAACACAUCCUCCAUUCAGUUUGUCCUUUGGCUUUAGCAACUCGGCUAUUCUUGAUUUUUUGGUACAGGUAACGUGCUUGUUUUGCUCAAAGAUACUAAUGAGUGUCGUGGUAGAAGCCAAAUUUGCACAUGUUUUGCAACAGCUGUCUUAAUUGUCUGCUGCAUGUUUAAAAAAAGGCUCUUCUUACAUGUACCACCAGGAAAUACUGACUCAACAAAUUGUGUUUUAAUUCAGUUUUAUAAAAAUGAAAGAAAGAAAGAAAGAAAGAAAGAAAGUCCAGAAUUUUAAAUGCUAUUUUUGAUCAAGUUUUUUCCUUUGUGUUGCAGAAAGAAAUUGCCCUUAAAGCUUUGUUUUGUUGUAGCAGAAAUUUCUCUUCUGCGACACGUUUAAUUGUAUCCAGCAGUGCCUGACAUUUCCAGAACCAGUUAAAAUAGUUUUACCAUUUAACUGCUUUAUAGGGGCAUUUCAUUCUGUAAAUCAAACUAAAUCAAACAAAGUUCAUGAGCAGGAGAGUAUAGUACGACCUUUGUUGAAUUUAAAAGUAGGCUUUAUUUUAGUCUUCGGAGAACAUUUAGAGUCUUUUCUGUUAAAAUGUUGAUAACUGAGGGGCCUAGAACUACUAUUUUUCAUAUAUCCAAUGACUGAAGUCGGGUAAUGGUACAUUUCAUCAAAUGCAGAUGUAGCAUUUACAAUUCAUUUGAGUGAUAAACUUUUUCUCUGUUCUGUAUGUCCUGAUGAUUUUCUGUCAUUUGUGCUCUAUAUUUUUAUUUCUUGGAUUUCCUUUGUCAACUGCUCUAUCUGUUGCUGUACAUUUUAUCUUUUAUGAUUUCCUGUAUUUCUGCUUAUGAUACAGUGACUGCAGCUUAGCACUAUGCUACCGAGCACAGACGCUACUAGGCAAUUAAAUAAAUUGAACUAUUUUCUUCUAUAGGUUGCUCGUGUGCAUACUUUUCCUCCUGCUACCUCCUGUCUGAUUUUUGUGAAAUUUUUCAUAGGUAGUGUUUUUAAGCUUAGAGAUACAAGAUGCCGUCAAACCAAUAAAAUCAUAAAGGCAAGAGAUUAUAUGUGAUUUCACAAAACACCGCUGUGUUCGUAGAAGUGGGAUUUUUAAUCUUUAGAAGAUUUCUAGAGACUCUAAACUCAAUUUUUGACAUGAUUAUCUCCAAACCUUCCAAAGCUUGAUGAGACUCAAUAUUACUGCCAGGUGUGAGGAUAAGAAAAAAGGAUAACAAUUUCAUUCUCUUUUGAAUAAUGGCAACUGAGAAUUACUACUUUGACAAAGAUCUUUCAUUUUUUAGUGGCAUACUAUUGUGCAAUAUUAUUUUCACCAAAGAUAGCCAGUAAAUAUGCCACAAUGAGCUUAGACUUGAUGAGGAAAAAUGAUCUGAACAGACAUAAGAAGAAGAAACGAUUCUUAGAAGAGAUAUUAGUUAUGACAGAUAUCAGCAGCAGGUCAGAAAAGAGGAACAGAGUUAUUAUUUUUGCUCUAUUUGGUAAGAUCUGUUACAAAGACUUCGUGUCAGUCAAGUGUUUGUCCUGCUUGUUGUACAAUACAACAUCUAAAGGACCCUGCCUUUCAUCUUCCUGAGUUGAGUGACAGCUUCCAUUAAAAAAAAACCCAGUCUCCCUCCUUACAUCUGAAAAGACAAAUAUGAAAUUGGUCCACAUAUAGGACAGCCUUGAGUAUGACAAAACUCUGUGUGGGUAAUUCAAUGAGCUCACUGUCAUUAUUUUCCUUAGCAACCGUUUCUCUUGCUUUGAAAAUGGUACUAAUUAGCAUAGUCUGUGGUUUAUGGUUUUCAGCUGUCAAACACAAUUAGCCAAAUUGACUCACUCAGGCCAUUCUUGAACAGUAGGCACAAAGAAGGAGGAGGGUCAAAGGUCAGCACACCAGGAGGGUAGAACAAAUAAAUAUCCUAUGUGAUCCUAUUAUGUAGAGUAAUCACUUCUGUAAAUGUUCAUAUAAAUGCGAUGAUGGGGGGGAAAGUGGAGGAGAAUAUUAUAGAGUGGAGGAGAAUAUUAAAGCGGAAAAAAGUCAUCCCACACUGACGUCAAGCAGCAGAAUGGGUCAAACCUGUGACCUGGCUAUAUUUAUACAUGCACUCACUAAAAUAUUUAACAUUUUCAGGUGUAUCCAGGAGAUGGAGGAGCAUGAAUUUUAAUUACAUAUGAAUAAUGUAGUCACAAUCUGUUUCUCUUUAUAGCACACACUUAAUGCACAAUCCCUAUUUUUUCAACUCAUUAGGUGGCAACACAUAUUACAAUCACCGCAGGCUGACAGUAAUCACCAAGAGCAAGAGCUGUUCAUUAAAAAGAAAGCAACUGUUAGUACCUGCUAGUAUUUCACGUUUGUAUUAAAACGGAACCUGUGAUAGAAAACCUCUGAUCUCAAUCAGUUAUCAUCUAUUUAAGUAACUGAGCUUUUAGAGCAAGUCCACAUAAGCUGCAAUGAGAGAAAGAACAAAAAGGACUUUAGCAGGUGUGAAGAUAAGAAGACAAGAAUAACCUUCACAAUUCCAUUUUGAUGCUUUUCAUUGAAAAAAAAAAGCCUUUUUGUGGACUCUUCAUACCUUCUGAAGAGUGAACUACAUUAAGUCAUGUUGAAGUUUUAUGUGACAACAUAAUGCAGAGUUGCCUGGGUUGAGGUCGGGUACUAAAGGUUCCUGCCUGGUAAUUCAACACUCAAGUCUAAUCUUUCCUGAGGAUAAACUUCAUUCAUUCAUUCAUUCUCACAAAGAGUGAAAAAGCUUACUUCCCUAUUGCUGUUAUUGUAUACGUUUCUGCUGUUACAAAUGUUUGCCUUGAUUUGCCCUCGAUGUUUUCCAAUUCUAAAAACUUGUGACUUGUUUAUGUUUAUGUGCACCAAAUCCUGUUAUCAUGUGGCCUAGACAACUUCAAAGAUUGGUUUAUCUGGUCAUUUUAACAUUAGUGGGUUUUUACCCCUUCGAUGGCUUUGAAAUUUCUUCAUCACAACUAUCAGGAAUUUAUCAGACUAUCAUUUACUAUUCCAUUUACUCAUUUUUGUUUUUUAAUUAACAAAAAUAAAAACAUUUUGCUAUUUAAAUUGAAAUUGAAGCCGAAAUAUGAGUGGGGUAUAAACUAGCAUUUAAGUCUUUUUUUCAUGCUUUUCAUAUGUGGAUGCUUUUUUUCUUUCAGAAAUAACAGUCAUAAAUGUUCAUAGCUCUUUGAAGAAUACGAAGUCUGCAGACCACUGACAUGACAAAAGCUUUACUAUCAUCUUUGGGCUUCAAAUCUGCAGAUUUCAGCUGAUCUUUGUUACUGGGGAUUUCUUCCUUCAAUCUUCUUUUCAAUUAGAAAAAAAAGGCUCAACAGGCUUUAAAUCUGGUGACUGGCUUGGCUGUCACUGAUAAAGCUUUGGCUGCACAGGCAAUGUGCUUAAUGUCACUGUAUUUUUGGAAGGCCUGUUAAAUGAGACAGGGGAAUUGCUUCAUGCAUAGACACACUAAAUGUUUGUGUAUAAUUCUGAAAUGAUUCUAUUAUAGCAGGGAUGGACAAUUAAUUUUCCCAAGGGUCCACAGGAGAAACUGGGACUGUCGUGGAGGACUUCACCAACAAGCUUAUAAAGAGAUCAAAUUAAUACUAAGCAGAACUGAGUUCAGCUUGUUAAAAUCAAUUGCCCAUCCCUGUUUUACUGCCACACAGAACAUGCCAAUAACAUUUUAUUAGCUCUUUCAUAUUUGAUGAGGUUUGAAUCACAUGUAUUCUUCAGUCUUUCUUUCACUUUCACUUUGAGAAAUUUUGGUUUCAUUAGUUCAUUAAACAUUUGCUCCAAACAUGCAUAAUUCCAAUCUAGUGGUAUGCCAUAAGAGGUAUGAAUCUCUGUUAUUCCCUACAGUAAGUUUUCUUUGAACUGCAGAUUGUGAUGCUAUCCACUCUCAAACUGUUGGUGAUAUCAGUGAUGGUUAAGGGUUGUUGUUUGUUUUUUUUACAGCUCUCCAGAUUUUUCUGUUAUCAGCUGCAGUUUUUCUCCGUAGAGGGACCUGCCCUGUGUUCACUUGUUUUGUUUUGUUUUCUAUAAAAUUGUCCACAAUGCUGUGCUAAAUAGAUCAAUUUCCUCUGCUAUCAUUCCCAGUGACUGUUAUUCCUCCUUAUCAAAGAGGUGUCUUUUUUUGUCCUAGUCAGUUUUCCAGGUCUUUAUGUCUAAGCCCUAUAGAGCCACUAAAUCCAUUUUCAACUGAAGAAAAGCCUGAGAAAAAAAGACUGCAUAGCCACUACACUUCUGUGCACUACAAACAAAGAAAAUGCAAAAAAUGAAACAUCUCACAAUCAUUACUGGCAUAACUUAACUAACUUAACUAACUAAUAACUAACUGCUGUACAACUGAAAGUGGAGCAAUGAAUGCACUUUUUUCUGUGAAACAGUAAAGUACACAAACGAAUUAUCAUAGUUGCUGUUUUUAUCCAAAUAUUUCAGUUAAAAUAUAACAGAAGCAUAAUAUUUUUCUUAACAUACUUUUAGAGUAUGUAUUUCCCUUCCACCCUCCUUUCGUGGUAUUUUAUAUUGUGAAACUGGGUUACUGGCUAUUUGUGAUGAUGCAUUAUUUACUGUAACAGGCUAAGCCACACUAAUUAUUUCCAUUAUUUAAUUUCUCCACAAUUGAGGCUUUUGAAAAAGAAUGAUGUAAGUAGUGCAGUACAGACAAGAACAAUAACAUGUAUGCAGUCCUGUUA